AUGGCCCCAUCUCUACCUGUCGGAUUCGACGACAUCCAAACUGCACAGUCAAAAUGGGAUAGACUGGUGAAUGUUAUCGCCGUUGUAGUUGAUGCCCUUGCGCCAAAACCUUCCGGGGGAUCUUCAUAUGUAUCCACCUUCACUCUCAAAGAUAAUGACUUCUCCUCAGCGGCCUGGAACGGUCUCAAAAUCCGCUACUUUAACAAUAAUGAGACGCAUGUACCGGCCCCUCAGCAUGGGGAUGUCGUUCUUUUACGACAAAUUAGGAUACGGACAUAUCAAGCUGCGACUGUUGGGCUCUGCACGCAGAAUGAUUUUGUUCCCUGGGUUAUUUUCCAAAAAGCACCGAAUCCCAGGCUCUCUCCACAGAUAUCUAUGCACCCCAAUACUCAAAAGCUUACUGCUACCGAGAAAUCAUAUGCCUUUACCUUGAUCGGUGCUGGAAGUUCGAUGCCUACCGGUCAGCCCUUUAAAAUCUCAGCAGCUGCGGCUGCGGCUCCAUCUCGCUCUAAUAUCUCCAAACCACCUACUUCCCGCGGCAGACGAAAAUUUUCCUUGAUCAAAGACAUUUCAUGCGGUACAUUCGUCGACCUUGUCGUUGAGGUAGUCAAAACGUACCCUGAAGACUAUCAGAGAUUUCUCCUCUAUGUCACCGAUUAUACCCAAAACAAGCAGCUUUAUAAUUAUGUUUCGGAAGGGGAUGGCUCUCGCGAUGGCGAUGAAUACGGAUACACUUCGAGACCAAAACGCGAUUGGCCCGGGCCCUUUGGUCAAAUGAGCUUACAGAGAGAGGACCUAGGCAUGUCCGUUAUGUCAGUAAUGCCAGAUAUCUCUGCAUCUCGGAAUAACAGUGCAAAUGGUAGCCCACCGGUGCAGCAUUCACCACCCUUUUCCCCCUUUACCAGGCCUCUCUCUCUCUCUCUUCCAGUUUCCACAUUUCCCUCCCCUGCGCGGGAAGGCAGGGCUAUUGAGGCGGCAAGACGCGAGGGAAAUGCAGCUCUCGCCACUUGA